AUGGCGGCAAAUUCGGCUGUGGAGGUUAUCGAACCAAACAUGCAAGACGAAAUACUCGAAACAACAAGUCCCAUAGCUUCAGGGAGAUUAACUUUAAGUGACACAAAUGUAGCCGAACAAGCCGAAAUUACAAAUGAAAUUGUGGAUGAGGUGGAAGAUGCAGAAAUAGACUCGCUUUUGGAACUCAAGAAGUGCAAAGAAUGGCUUCUUCAACAGAAGAUAAACCAACAGUCAGAGUUGCUUGUUCGUAAGUUCUAGGAGCCCAUUGAUCGAUAAACUUAAAUAAGGAAGCAGAUGCUUGAAACCCGAUUCGUUCUAGUUUAGAAUUUCCAGAAAAGUGCUUGUUUGUUGACUUUUAUCAGCGGAAAUUUUUACCCUACUGUUGACAAACACACAUUUUAUGUUUUCGUUUCAAAAGGUCAAAAUGAGCAAGGAAUUCUGUUUUCCUUCAUUGGAAGUAGGCACAGAGGCUAUUGCCAUAAGUACCGUGGCUUUAGGCGUCCGUGCGGGCUCCUUGUUUAAAAUCUUAGUUGCCCGUGAGCAAAUCAUAGGAGCCUCUAGCAACCAGGCGCCUGUUAGGCAGCAGCCCAGUUACAGUGAUGCAUCGGUAUGGUUUGGAACCAGGACCUUGAGGAAAAACAGCUGAACAGUGCAAAAAAAUCAGCAAGCAAAUCCCCUACUCAGUUCACUUUUUUAUUACCACUUGCCUUGUUAUUCACUCUGUUUCCCACUGAGGCGCCUGGUCUCAGGUUAAACUUCCUACAUUUUAAGGGCCAACCAAACUGCCCAUCACUUAAACAAACUGGUGGCAAUUUCUUAUUAAGCAUACAUUAGCAGAACCAUGUUGUCCAAUCAAACUGCCUCAAACACUCUGCAUUGCACAGUACACUAGUGGGUGUGUCUUUUUUUUAUGUGACUUGGUGAACUUCCUGUAUGUAAAUCCCAAACACAUGUUAUAAGCUGAAAGGAAUCUUACAGGCUUCAGGUUAACAUGUCAUAUUAUGUGAUUUGUAGGGCGCCUUCAACAGCGAGAGGACCUGCAGCCAUCUUCUAAUGAAUCUACUCAAUCAGAUCUUUAUGAAAGGUUAGUAUAUAUGUUGUAGUUAAUUUUUUAUCUCAGGUAAUUUUUAUUUGUCUUUUGUUUAAACUUCAUUAGCAUACAUUAUCAUACCCAAAAACAAAAGACAAAUAAAAAUUACCUGACAUAAAAAAUUAACUACAACAUAUACAUUAUUCAAUAAAGGUUGCUUUGGCAAUUUGUCAUUGGGCAUUUGGGCAUACAAAACGAUGUCAUGAUUUCUUUGACUGACCACCAAACAAUAAAACAAUGCAAUGAUUUGCUUGAGUGACCACCAAACAACAGAUUCCUGGUGCACAAUUACCAAUGCUCAUAGCAACCUUUAUUGAAGAGGCUGACUAUUAUCCAUUUUAUAUGUCCUGCCAUUGUGGGCCUCCUUUGUGGAUUCACAGUGUACCUUAUUGAGAUCAUGUGCUGCAUUAUAGGGGAUGUCAACCAAUGUGCUAGCCCAAAUCUCAGUCAACAUGUUGGUUCCUAUAUCGGUCAAGUAUUAGUUGAGUCUUGGAUGAGUCUCGGUUGAGUGUCACCGGUAGUUAGUCACCACAGUCUAUCGGUUGACAGUCAGUUUUUUAAUAGUCAGUCGUUACUUUGUCAACAGAUCACCGACAAGUCACCGACACUUGGUCAAUGUCAUACUUCAGGCAGCUAUUACAGCUCCUGAAGUCUGUAUGAGGAUCUAUAGGCAAAACUGUCUGUUCCAAGGUCAAUCAUCAUUUGCACUCAGGAAAUUAUUCUUGUAUUCACUUGUCCUUGAGGAAAGAAUACAUGUAUUACUAGUAAUAACCAAUGGUUACAGAGUGCAGGCGACAACAAUCUACAUGUAAGGUCAAAUGCUUUUGCUCCAAUCAGUGAGUGCUCUGUGUAGGUGUCUUGUGACAGAUGGCAAAACGCAUGUGAUCAGAUUACAAGUGGUAGAAGGUCGAAAUGCACGUGAUCAAACUGCAUUCUCUGCAUUCCAUUCAUUCUUAGUGGAAGCCCAAACAAAUGCUGACUACAUACAUGCGACACAUGUGUAAUAACAACCUGGAGAUUAUGAUUGCGGGCUCCUCUUGUUGCCCGCAAUUAACAUGAUCAAUGAUCAUGAGUAAUUUUUUUGAUAUAUACCAGUAUUUUAGUUGAAUUUUAUUGAAUUCUCUACUGUCACUUUUCUCUUGUUGACUGACUAUUUUUUUUUAUCACAUCACUGUAUUUUUUGCUGAAUUAGGAUAUCCAAGCUACAAGAUCAGCUCUAUUCUCUGUCCACAGCACGGUCCUAUAAGAAGCUUGUUCUGGACAGGUUGGUUUUAUGAAUCUGUGAUUGUCUUAACAAGUUAAAAAUGAAAUCUUAUAGCAAUUUUUUUCCUGCCUUUACCCUGCUGCUACAGUAUUGCUUAACUCUGCCUUUACUAAAUGUUGUAAAUACGUGUUGCCUCUUGUCUUCAGUAACUUAUUGUUAUGUUAUAAUAAUAAAUGAAAAUCAUUUGGUUAAUCAUGCAUAAAUUGUCAAUGUAGCAUCUCCUACAUGUAAGAAGUACACCCUUUGUAAUCUGCAUUUUCUUUUGGCAGAUACAGAACUCGGACUCAUAUUACCUAAGUGACCCACUUACUAGAGAGCAAUGAAUAAUUAUUGUUUUUACUAUAUAUAAAUGACUUGAUCCAGUCCAAGUUUUGUACCUGUGCAUAUUCUUGUGUGGCAGGCUUGACUUUCAGCUGAAAAAGAACAUGCUAUUUAAAACUGUUUUGUCAAUCCUUAAUUCAAGGAAGCCACAUAAAUAAACAAUGAAAUGUUGAUUAUGUCAUGCUCAACUACAUAUCAUUGGUUAAUUAUUAACCAAUGAACUUUGCCAUACCAUAAAGGAAAGCUUGCAAAAAAGAGUUGCAGUAUUACUGUGUGCUUCAUGUACUUAGGACAAUGAUGCCUGAAGUACAACUUCACACCUCUCUAUAACAUCAAGUGGUAAAUAGUCAGAGUCCUAACCCACUCCUCUCUUGCUCUCCACCCCCCCCCCCAUCAUUCUCAUACAAACAAAUACCAUUACCAGUGUUCAUUCUUUACUUAAACCUAAUUAUCCAGGUACUGAUUUACAUAUUUGACAUGUACAUAAAAGCAGUUAGGAAAAAUCCAGCUUGUAUUCAAGUAAGUUAUUGCAUGCAGUUAAGAGUGUAGCACAUCCAAUAUGAAUAUACCUAUGCAUGUAUUUUUUUCCUGCAGGCUUUUGUGUGGUGAUCAACUGAUCAAAAAACUGUUUCCAGAUGUCGUAACAGAAUCUCCUACAGAAGAACAUAUUGAAGAAAUGAAGUAAGGCUUAGAGGAGCUUUUUAUUAGUAUGACGAAUGAAACAUGAACUGUGUGAAAAUCAGUCAUUAAUUCGGAUUGUACUAGUUACUGUACUUGUUAUACACGCCUUUUCCCUUAAUACUGCAUGCAUCAUACGUGCAUCGCAUAACUGGCACCUUGAGCUUGCAUGCAAAGAAAUGAAAUGCAAUGCAAAAUCAGUGCAUUGUUUUUGGUUGGACAGAACAAAACUGAGUCCAGACUAAGAUGACUGGUCUGCUCUUAUGUUAUUGAGUGAAUGUCACCUUUUUUCAGUGCUUUUGCCAGGCUGUGUGAAAAACAAAAUAAACUCAGCACAGACAUUCUGAUAGAACAUGAGGUAAGCUUUAUUUCUUAGAUAAAGUUGAUUGAGAACGUUCAGAACAGUCAUGCUGCAUGAAUGUACAUGCACCCUUUGUAUCUCGAGGUUAACUACUACCAACAAAUAUGGAGCAGGGACUGGAUAAUAGGCUCCCAUACAGAAGUUCUUUUGCUUAGUACCCUCUACUUCGCUAGUAACAAGAGAUAAAAACGUCAUAUCCUGAUGCAGUCCAGCUGUAUGGGGAUCUUCUUUUCCCACCUCUGCCCCCGUCCCUGUGCAUGUCUUGUUUUCGCUUUGCUGUUUUAUUUUCUCGUCAGUGUUUCCACUAUCCGAGAGCUUGGCACGGGCUUCGCUAAAGUAAAUGUCAUUGAGUGAGUGAAAAGGGGGCAACAGCGAAUUUUCAUCUUACCUUGUAAAAAGGUUUCUUUGUACACAUUCGUGCUGGUGAUAAUUCGGCUUAAAUUAGAUAUACUAAAAACAUGCAUGAUCGGCAGCAUCUUAUUGAUCAUAUUACAAUUUUCCCUUAGGCUUUGUUAGAAGCUCAAACUGUGUUAGACAAAGUUAGGCAACAAAGUUAUGGUGAGUAACUUAAGAAGUUAUAGUGAGUAACUUUAGGUACUAAGGGCCAAAUAUUUAAACGAAGUCUAACUUAAGCCGCGGUUUAACGAAUCUUUGAACCUCCAGAUCUCUUCUGGAUUGUUUUAAAAAGAUAAAUGCUUUUCUAGUCUUCUCUAUAUGCUUUCAUAAAACUGUUCACAAUAAAUGAUGUUUAGAUAUAAUCGUUGGGCAAAUUAAAACUGAUGAACACGGUUUUGUUGAUCACUGGCUAAACAGCAAAACUCUCUGACACGCGUCAGCAUUGUCAAAACUUCACGUCCACAUUAUAAAGCAGUACUGUAAAGUUUUGAAAUGUAUCCUCUUUGAAGAGCGUUUUACUUUUAGAAAACGUCCGUUUUCGGUGGACAGUUUAUCUGGAUUUAGUGGCAUGAACUCUGGGUCUAAACGAGAGAAUCGCGUUACAUUUUCAUAUUUAUCCGGCGUAUUGUGCAUAGGAUCUAACUCUAUUGCUUUUUGUCGUUCUCCCGGUUGCUGUCGCUGGAGUGGGUUCAGUGCUAAAGCUAUCUACUGCUGUUGAAAUAAAUCGGUGAUAGUUCCAGUAACUGAUUUCAUCAUCCUUUUGUUUUCAGAGAAAAAGAAAGAGAACAGAGGGCUUAUGAAAUCUUUGCAGGUGAGUGUGUCAUAAAAACAACUUUUAGAGGAAAAAAUUCUAACUAAAUCGUAGUCUAACGUUCAUGUACGGCUACCUCCCAUAAGCAAAAAAAUUUCCCUAUUGGUCUAAGGGCCUCUUAGUGGGAACUUUUCGUAAACGACCACACCCACUUUUAGGAGCCUAGUGAUGUUUCCAUUGUCUUUAUUCCCCCGUUGGAUCUCUGACUCGCGCCCGUUUGUGUUUCAUCGUUAAACCAAUCAAAUUCUUUUACUCUUGUUCGUUUGUUGUUUUGUUUUGAUCGUGCUUAAUGAUUUCAAGAUCAAACGAAACUCGCUCUGUUAGGCUAGUUUCGAAGUGUUUUGGCUACUUAAUGUGAAGGAAUCCUUCCCCACUGAACGUGAGUUAAGAAGCUGCUCUGAAAAGAGGCACAAGACUUUCUAAAACCUGUUUUAAAGUGAAGCAUGCUUUAAAACCCUUUCCCAUAAAAAGCUACUCUUUGUUAUUAUAAUUAUUACAAUUAUUUUGACUACGCACAAAUGAAAGCACUUGGUCUGGAGAUAGCUGCUUAAAAGCCAGUCUUUCACUGGGUUUUCUGUUAAACCUGGUAUAAUUGAAUAUGUUUUUGUCAGUUGAACGUAUGAUAAGAGGUACAAUGCUAUCCCUUUCUUGUUUCGCAGAGUUUAAAGGAAGAUCAAGAAAAGGCCUCUUCCUGUAGCACGGACAACGCACAAAUUCAAAAGUAAGUAGGAGUUGGAUAGAGAUAAUAACAAAAAAACAUUGACAUGUUGGUCCAAAAAUUAAAGUUAAGCUCUGAAAGAGACGACGUUUUUCGAAAACGUCACUCAAUAAGUGAACUCGCGCUGCUUCAAACUUUAUCCCGCUUAUUCCAUCUCGUUCAAUUCGUCAAAUAAUGGCUACUUUUUCCUGAAGUUGAAUUCUAAACGACUGUAUUGGAAGUUCAGGAAAAAAAUAGGAAAAUGUUUUUUGUUCACAUCCUCCUAAAAACGUGAAAUAAGGCACUUUUACGUCGUAGUCGUACAAUGACGGCAAAGCAUUGAAAUGCACAAAAAGAGGGAUGCACGUGCGAAGUUGUUGUUUUGCUAAUUGAAACCUACUGGGCCAGUUAUUUAAACGGAGUUUAGCCAGUGUUUAACAAAAUCGGGUUCUAAGCCAUUUUCAGUUUGCCCAACGCUUUUAUCUUAACACUAUUUAUCGUGAAAAAUUUCAUGAAAGCAUAAGGUGUAGACUGGAAAAGCACUUAUUUUCUUAAAAAUAAUAUCCUACUAUGGAAGAGAUCUGGAGGUCCAAAGAUUUGCUGAACGGUGGCCUAAAAUAGACUUCAUUUAAAUAACUGACCCAUUGUUUUUGCCGUUCUUGUUGCCGUCGCCAUCGUCGUUGCUUAAGCUCCCUAGUAAGUAGUAAGCGGAAUUUUUUUCACUCUUGCCAUAAAUUUGCAGUUUAGCUUGGAUUCGUUUGACAACUGCGUUACCGAAAAUUGCAGCCAUUUGGCCAGUGUAAGUAAAAACACAACUUUCUUUGGGUUCCGAUAAGCCCGAAAAUCAGACUACAGGUUAAAGUAGAGGGUUGCGAGAAGGAACGGAGGAAAGCAAUGGUGCAGCCUUGAUCUUUAUAAUGGCCACCUCGGAGAUGUUUUUUAAAUGUAAAAAUUGGUCGAGUGGCAAGGAGUUUAAGGCAAUGAUGUGUUCAAGAACCCUGCUAUCUCUAUCUCAAAGCUCUGAAAGGGUAAUGAAAUAAAUUCGAUUGGUUCGGCUGAUGCCUAUGAACUUCCAAUUAAUCCGUUUCAUGGAUACCUUUACAAUACGAAUAGUUUCCUUUCACAAAUUCAGUGGUAUAAAUACGGGUACAUUUGUUAAGCGGACAUGUAGGUUCGGUACCUUAAGUGUCCGUAAUAAUAGGGUGCAAAUACUCGUCGUCAUCAUUAUCAUCUUCACCAGUCCUUUCGGUGUCCCGUGUCACACUCCUAGUGCACGAACAAAAGUUCUCCANCGUGAAAAAUUUCAUGAAAGCAUAAGGUGUAGACUGGAAAAGCACUUAUUUUCUUAAAAAUAAUAUCCUACUAUGGAAGAGAUCUGGAGGUCCAAAGAUUUGCUGAACGGUGGCCUAAAAUAGACUUCAUUUAAAUAACUGACCCAUUGUUUUUGCCGUUCUUGUUGCCGUCGCCAUCGUCGUUGCUUAAGCUCCCUAGUAAGUAGUAAGCGGAAUUUUUUUCACUCUUGCCAUAAAUUUGCAGUUUAGCUUGGAUUCGUUUGACAACUGCGUUACCGAAAAUUGCAGCCAUUUGGCCAGUGUAAGUAAAAACACAACUUUCUUUGGGUUCCGAUAAGCCCGAAAAUCAGACUACAGGUUAAAGUAGAGGGUUGCGAGAAGGAACGGAGGAAAGCAAUGGUGCAGCCUUGAUCUUUAUAAUGGCCACCUCGGAGAUGUUUUUUAAAUGUAAAAAUUGGUCGAGUGGCAAGGAGUUUAAGGCAAUGAUGUGUUCAAGAACCCUGCUAUCUCUAUCUCAAAGCUCUGAAAGGGUAAUGAAAUAAAUUCGAUUGGUUCGGCUGAUGCCUAUGAACUUCCAAUUAAUCCGUUUCAUGGAUACCUUUACAAUACGAAUAGUUUCCUUUCACAAAUUCAGUGGUAUAAAUACGGGUACAUUUGUUAAGCGGACAUGUAGGUUCGGUACCUUAAGUGUCCGUAAUAAUAGGGUGCAAAUACUCGUCGUCAUCAUUAUCAUCUUCACCAGUCCUUUCGGUGUCCCGUGUCACACUCCUAGUGCACGAACAAAAGUUCUCCAUUCAGGCCAGUGUCGGAUCCAGGGGAGGGGCCCGGGGGGCCCGCCCCUCCUUCUUGUCAGACCAAUCUGAGGCCCGAAGGGCCCAAAAAAUUAUUUUUAAGACCGGCUCCCCCCCCCCCCACCUAAUUAUCUCAAGGUCUGGAUCCUCCACUGCAGGCCUACUUCUUUACCCAAAUUCAGACCUUCUUAAAGAGGGCAGACUAUUCCAUAUUAUUGAGUCUUUGAAAAAUUUAGUGGAAUACAGCAUUCUCGUCUUAACUCUGCAGUAAUUUUGUAACUUAGACCUCUCUCUUUUCCAGGUUGAAACAGCAAAUAACCACGAAAGUAGAAAAGAUAGAUAUCGUAAGAAAUGUUUUCCAGGUAAGAACAGUAAGAGGUUUCCUGUAAGUUGCUUUCCGAAGGUCAGGGUUUGGACCGAGUCUUGAAUUCUGGAAAAAGUCUUAAAACUUGCAGUUUUGCAAACCGGGAAAAAGUGUGGAAAAUGAAAAUGAAAAAAGUUUUUUUUUUCAAAACUGCAGCAAGUGCUUAGUUGCUCCUCCACAGCCAAAUAAUUCAAUAGACCAUUUCCGAGUUUGAAAAAACGAAACUAAGUGAAAAUUUUUUGUUGUUAAAACGAGUUUUAUUUGCGUAAGAACAAAAAGAAAUUUUCAUAUCAAUGGCUUUGAACUUAGCCUCGCUUUGAAACAGAGGCUUAAAGCAAAUUGGAAAUGGACUAUUGUUCAGAACUGUCUCAUCUUCGCAUUGCACGAUGGUUAUUGUACAUUUCUAGUGUAUCCCAUCUCCAUACGCAUGCCAUAGGAGAACUGUUUAGCGGUUCCCAACCAACAGCUACCACUUGUCUACGGUGGAGCGGGCGCGUAACGGAGUGGUUUUGUACUCGCCUCGGCAGUAAACAGUGGAGUCGAUUAUCGCAAGUGAGACCUCUCGCCUGGGGCUAUGCCAUGCCGAUGAGUACUGAUGAGGACGAAGCAGUUGUCCAUGACUGCCACUGACGGGGUGAUAUGGUUGUGCCAUACCGCGGAGGUGGUACGUGUGCUUCAGUGCUGAAAUUGGUAUCAUCCUGUGAAAAGCCCUGUUCCCGCAUUUUGUUUCCGGAAAAUGAAAUUAUCGUUUUAAAAAAGUCGGGAAAAAGUCUUCAAUUUUGCAUCCAAAGAUCUGUGCGAACCCUGAAAGGUUCGGCUCUAAAAACAGCAACAUAUUUUAAGUGGUAAUAACCAAAGGUUACGGAGUGAGGGCGACAACGAUCGAAGGUUAAAGGGGCUGUGUCACGAAAUUCAGCCAAAUUAGGAAAUUACAAAAUGCCUGUUAAAUUAAGAGAAACAUAAAAAAUAACUGCUUAAAACUUUAAAGGAAGGUUAAAAUAACAUAACAGAAACAACAGAUGCCACGGAUGGGCAAAACUGAAGACGAUUGAAACGGAUUGAAAUUAGGGUUUUUGAAAACUGUUCAGCCUAACAGUUUUUCAAAGUUGAUCCCUGCUACUUGCAACUUCAAAAAUAAUGCUCAGGAGACAUAUUUGUUUGUCUCGGAUCUCUGAUUUUGUCAUUUGCAUGUAAUUUCUUUGAAAACUUUAAGUUUCAUAGCGAUUGAGAGCGAGUAAUUGGCAAAAUUAAACAAAAUGAACUGGACUGCCGUGACACAGCCCCUUUAAAACGCUCUUGUACCCCUCUUUACACCAACGCUUUGCUUUGUGUAAGGUUUGCGUGAUAGAUGGUCAAAGCAGGCGUGAUCGCGUGCAGAUUGCGUCCUGUGCGUUCCAUUUAUUCUUGGUGGAAGUCCAACGAAGCUGGCUUUAUACAUGCCGGGCAUGCGUAAUAGCAACCUGGAGGUUAGUUAGAGUUGCAGGCUCCUCUUGUCCCCCGCACACGGUUAUGCAUUGCAAUAAGCAUACAAUUUGAAAAGUUAUAACGGUAAUCAGAUAAUUUUUAUACAUAGAGGCAACCGAGUUGCCUCUCUUCAAAAGAGAUUAGCCUAAAAGGUUUUAUCUGGAGAAGCUUGAACUACCGUCUGGUAAGGAUAGAGUUCUUUAACAGGACGGAAAUAGUCAUCAGUGAUAAACUCUCCUAUACUCGAAUGACCCCCUCUGAGAGAGCAGCAGAUAACCGUCGGUCAUCGGACAAUAUUCGACUAAACUAUUCCCAGUAUCCGGAAAUAUCCUUACUGUAGUUAGAUAGAGAUUAAAUUCCAAGCUGAAGAUCUGCAGAGUACAUCUGCUUAAAAUGAGGAGUUAAAAGUCACAGUAAUGAAUGGCUGACACACUUAGACCUGAUUUUUGAUUUCUCCCGAUAAAAUGGUGACCUGGUCGUGCAAAAAAAAAAAAUUGCAGUACCGGCCUCAACUACACUUGUCGACACUUAGCUUAAAAAGCCUCUCUGACCUCUUCCAACCUACAGAGGGGAAAAUGAAGCUUUCUCUCCACCACUCCCUCCACGCAAUGUUAUGCCGCUGUUCGAGCUUCCUGUAGAAAACAACAAAUACCCCAACUUUGAAUGGAGGAGACGUGGGGUGUGGAUUGUUUUGUUCUCCGAAGUUACCCCAUUUGAGGACAAUUUCUCAACAAUGAUGUCGCCGACAGCAGGUUCUGUUAAGGGGUUCAUGUCCUUUAAAAUUAUGAUUCUCCUAUGUAGGGAGCGGCGUCAUUUACUUGAUGUUUGUUUUUCAGGGGGUCAUCGUCGGUAGUGGUCUUGACUGGGCGUCUGACGACGACAUGAAGCGACUUGUUCUCAGUCUUGGAGAGGUUUUGGAAUUCGCUGCGUAACGCAUGCGCCAAUUCAGGAGGAGAGCUCAACUGUCAUCUACCACAAGUAGGAGAGUGGAUCAUUUAUGAUACACAUACCUAGCCUAAGCCUAAGUUGAGAGACGUGGACUGUCUUUACCAAACUGUUUAAAGUGGGAUCUGGGACUUUGUGACGUAAUAGACUGUACAUCAAACACUAAAGUGGAGCCUCGAUAAAUAGAAUUCCCCGCUAACUCGAACUAAGUCCCAUUUCCCUUGGAUUUCACCCCACUUUUCAGUCAGUUUUACUCCGCUAACUCGAACUAAAUUCCCUUUCACAUCAAAAAUUCACUGAAAUUUACGUCAACAACUCGAAUUUUGUGCAACUCCACUCGAAUGCCAUCCAUUAGCUGCCAACACUCGUCAACACUACAGCAAUCUGAUUUUAAUUGGUGCAAAAAACGGAUCACCUCUUAUCAUAAAAAAUGCCUUACGAAAUAAGUUAAAUUUUUUCUACACUAUACACUGAAGGGCUG